AAUACAUUCGCCCCUAAAUCCUUGUCUUUCCUGGCUUGCUGAUUUAAACCACUACUGUAGUGUCAUUUAUAAGUUAAUUUAGUAACUAUUAUAUGCAAAAGAAAGAACAGUACAGAUAUUUUCAUCUUUUGGGAAGAGGGAUUUGGUGAGGUGGAAUAGGGAGAGAUCUUUAUAGGUCACCUGAAUAAGCUACAAUGACUUGACCUUGAGGAGGUCAUGUGACCAUUUGAGCUUUAGCCAGCCACAUCAUCCUGUAAAUUGUUUGCAAGAUAAGACAGAAUAUAUAUUCCUGUUGCAAAUCUGAACUACAUCUCAGGUUGAGCAGAAGCACCACAAGAAAUCUCCCUUUUUGAUCAGAAAAAUGGCAUUUGAUGGCACCUGGAAGGUAGACAGAAGUGAAAACUAUGAAAAGUUCAUGGAGGAGAUGGGUGUUAAUGUAAUGAAGAGAAAGUUAGGAGCUCAUGACAACCUGAAAAUCAUUAUUCAGCAAGAGGGAAAUAAAUUCACUAUCAAAGAAUCAAGUACUUUCCGUUCCAUAGAAAUAGUAUUCACGUUGGGAGUUGAAUUUGAGUACAGCCUGGCUGAUGGGACUGAACUCAUUGGUUCCUGGAACAUGGAAGGAAAUAAGCUUGUGGGAAAAUUCAACAGGAAAGAUAAUAAGAAAGAACUGAAGGCAUUCAGAGAAAUAGUAGGCGAUGAACUAGUUCAGAUUUAUAUAUAUGAAGGAGUUGAAGCCAAGAGAAUCUUUAAAAGGGGUUAAGAAUCAAGCCUAAGAUGGUAGUCCAGGACAAACCAGAAAUCUGGUGGAAGAAUUAUAUUAUACAUGACAACUGUAUGCAUACAGACCCCCCAAGCAAACACCAAAUUAUUGGUCACUCAUCCCUGAUGUAAAAACAGCCAUUUUCAGUCUUGUCAAUAUUAAAUAAACAGAAAAUAGGUGUAUUUGCACUACAGAUUGAUACCUGUUUAGAUAUGUAGCAUGUUUAAAUGCUGCAAGAACUAUUUUCAUUUUGUAA